AUAUACAUCUGUUCUUUGUUUGAGUUGCAUUUUGUUAUCUGUGGCAGCAAAUUAAAAUAUUAUAUCUUUCAACUGAAAAAAUUCACUCUAGUGACUGGCUAUUGGCUAUUAAAGAUAUUCACAGUUCUUUAUGCAUCUGAUGUGAAUUGUUAUGAGCUUUUGGGAACAGAAAGAUCUAGACAUAAUUUCCCGAGCUAAUGUUUUGACAUAGAGUUUUCUAUUUUCUAGUUAUUUUGGGAUGCUGUUGACAUUAUUUUUUCUGGGACUCUUCAAAUGUGAGAAAUUAUUAGCAACAAUUUCAUUUUAUUUCAUUUUAUGUCUGAUUUGGAUCACUGUUUAAUCAGUUGAGAAUUUACAUGCGAAGUGUUUGUAUAGCAAAAUUUAUUGGAAUAUGUUUAUAAUUUGCAAUGCUUUGUGCUUUGUAUGAACGGUGUAGUUGGGGUUGCCAUAGUUGAUACAAUAACAGCCAAAAGUUUAUUGUUAAUUGCUUUUGCUGUUUUGUUUUUCUGUUGUAGGAGGGGAGAAAUGGGCAACCAAAAGUUAAACGACUCAAAGCUGUAGAUGAUGUAGGUAUGACAUCCAGUGAUAACGAUGAAAAAGACAGUAUUUACGGUGCGCUUGUGGUUCUUGGUUACAAUGGUUCUCUACCCGAUGGAGGAGAACUCAAGCGUCGUCACCGAAGCUCAUAUAUUUUGAGAAAGAAAGGAUCCCCCUCAGGAGUGCAACCCUACAAAUUGCACCUGGCUUCUUCAAACACUGGAAUGCAGAUUGUUAAUUCAGAGGCCCACAGUGUAUCAUACACAUUAUCCCGCGGCAAUGCAGUUGUUGUUGAAUACAGUAGAGACCCUACAACUGAUAUGUUUCAGAUCGGCCGUUCAGCUGAUUCUAAAAUAGACUUCAUUGUAAUGGACACAGUCCCUGGAAACAAACGUGCUGAAGUCAAUCAAGAGACACAAAAAAGCACCAUUUCCAGAUACUCCUGUAGGAUUGUUGUUGAUAGAAGUCCACCUCACACUGCCAGAGUGUUUGCUGCUGGGUUUGACAAAUCUAGUAAUAUAUUUUUAGGGGAAAAAGCGCCAAAGUGGCAAAAUGAAGAAAACAUGAUGGAUGGUUUAACAACAAAUGGAGUUCUUCUAAUGAAUCCCAAGGGUGGCCCAUCUUGUCAGCCAACAAUAUGGCGGGAAAUAUCAGUUUGUGGUAAUGUAUAUGGACUUCGCAAAACAAGGUCGACUACUGAGAGAGGGAAGACUGUGGAGGAUGAGUCAAAUGUUCUGCUUGAUGGAUCAUUGAUUGAUCUUUGUGGAGCUGUUCUGCUCUGGCGAUCUGCUGAAGCACUGAAGGAAAUGGCAACUUUGGAAACCAUUGACAAAAUGAGGGAGGGACUGAAUGCAUCUAGACCACAAUGUCCUGUUGGUCUAACAACAUUGAGAUUCCCCAGUCAGUUAGAGCCUGGCAGCAGUGUGGCCAGUGCUCAGCCGUAUGUAUAUCUCAAGUGUGGCCAUGUGCAUGGUCUUCACACAUGGAAUUCACCCGAGAGGAAUGCUGCUGAUAAAAGGACAUGUCCAGUCUGUUUACAGGCCAGCAGUUAUGUUCCAUUAAGCCUUGGAAGAGAGCCAGCAUUCUACCAAGGCAAACCCGCAGCAACACAUGCUUUUGUACCAUGUGGACAUGUUUGUUCUGAAGAGACAGUAAGGUACGAAUUCAAACAAUCUUCCCCCCAGUUUGUAGCUCAGUCUACAGAUCUCUGAUUUGUUGAUAUCCAGUUUGGAAUAUUUGCCCAGAGUUAGUAACAAGAGGUCCUACAGA